AUAUUUAAACGUCUUAUAUUCUUUUCACGAUUCAAAGGUACUCAAAUAACGUCUGGACGGGGAAAGAUAGAUGUUAUGGCAUACAUGUAUGACAUCCACGAACGUGCUAUCUCGUAGACGUAGUAGGACCUUUAAAAUAUAGAGGCAAUUAAUGUCGGUAAGACUGGAUAUACAUGUGAUUAGAUGACAUGCGACCUGGGGCACUCAACGGAUACAAAUGCUGGAGCGGAGUUUCAUUAUUGUCCCCAUAAGAUUCAUUUCUGCAAGUCCAACUUUCACCAAUAUAGGCCUCAUCGUGCCCAUGCGCAUAUCUCCUUUGUCUGCCGUUAAUCGAGUGAGUCGGGGAAAUAAGGAAAGCAAUCUAUCUCGGAAUAUCUACGCGGAAAUACAAAUAUUAAGAUUGUUACAUCGGCUUUCCAAGAUUCGGAUGGUUAUUUCGCACUUUGUGUGGAAGUCUCGCUUCCAACGGUUUAAUUACUUUCAGAAGUGACCUGCAAAAGAACUUUGCCUUUGGAAUCCAACCCAAGCUUCCGAAACCUUGAACUGUCGUCAUUUUCAUAUUCGAUUUCAAGCUGAUUGUCAAUAUUAAUAACUGACCUUUUUUGGUUGUCAGAAAGGAGUGAAACUUGACAGUUGUAUCUAUUAUUACUCUCUCAGUCUGAAUAUAAGUAAACAAUUGGCAUGACCUUAAUUUGUGAAUAGAGACCAUCGGCGGUUGCGCUUAAACUCGGUGUACGCUCACGUUUGGAAACAAAGUAUAAAUACAAUCGUUGCAUUCCUUUGUAUUGCGAUAGGCAGAGGUAAACUCGUGCUUGAACAAGGUGGGUCCGCGCAGCUCGGUGAUUAAAUAAAAAAAAACCCUAGUGAGUGGGAGGUGAUUUAUAAAAUUCUCUUAUUGGAAGGUGAUCAACCAAACACGAUUCGUCCGUGGAAGUUGCAAAUCAGAGCAUUGUCAUGAUCUUUCACAAUCAGCUUUAGAAAUUGCAGGUUUAAGGGGUGCUGAGCUUACUUUCUGGCUGGAUUCACUGAUAACAGUUGAAACUGCUGAAAACAACAUUUGUGCUGGUAUUUUUAGGAGGUGUCUCUGAAAGUGCUAAAACUUAAAGCAGACAACACCGUGCAGUGGAAGCACAGCGGAAGGGGAGUCGGCUUUCUUCAGAUUUUGGUUCUGGAAUAGGAAGAAAACCAUGGCGGAGUUAUCUUCCUUUACUCGCAUUCUGUCAUUGUGGACAAUCUUGACCGUCGUGCAAGGGUUUAAUAUGGAUUUAAAUGCCCGGUCUUGCAGAACAUCAGUGACACUAGCUCCUACUUCGGCUUUUCGGUCACAAUGCAUCGGCACAAUGGUGAAAACAUGGUCAUCGUUGGUGCACCGCGAUUUCAAACAUCUGAGCCGGAUGUUACACGAGGGGGCGCUCUAUUCAGAUGUCCUCUCACACCCCUAACCAACCCAGGAGAGUGUGAAGAGCUUUCAGCCUUUGACUCAUUAGGUACCGACGACAACGAAGUAGGGGCGAAGAUAGCAGACAAGUCAGGGCAAUGGUUAGGAGCAACCGUAAAAAGCACCGGGGAAAAUGGAAAAAUAUUGGCAUGUCGUCCGCUCUAUACGUGGUUUAUCAAACCAGCUGAUGCUACAAAGACUGCCCGAGAGCCGAUAGGAGGGUGCUUCCUUGCCAACUCUGACUUCACCAACAUAGAGGUGUAUGAGCCCUGCCGCACCGGCCGCGAAAGCGAACAAUCUGUAUUUGGCAUCACCCAUUGCGAGGCAGGAAUUGCAGCAGAUAUAACUUCCGAUGAGAUUUUGAUCGGCGCCCCCGGAAGUUUCUUUUGGCAAGGUCAAAUAUGGGUGACAGGUACAGAUCUUCAAAGUGAACGGCGAACCAACGAGGGACCUGUCCGCUUUGACGAUAGUUACCGAGGCUAUGCAGUUGCUUUUGGUGAUUUCAAAGGAGAUUCCAGACCGGAGUAUGCGGUAGGAAUACCUCGUGCCGACAAUCUAGUCGGAAUAGUGUCCAUCUUCGACUCGACAAUGAACGCCUAUUUGAACCUCACGGGCAGUCAGACCGGAGCCUUCUUUGGUCACACCCUGGUCGUAUCUGACUUCAAUGAUGACGGCUUCACGGAUCUCGUGGUCAGUGCACCGUUCUACAUCGACGAGUCGAAGACGACUGACGGAUGGGAGAUCGGUCGAGUGAGGAUCUUCUACAAUGAUGAAAACGGUGGUUUCUCCGAGGGUACGACCAUCCAGGGUUACAAAGUUCGUGCUCGAUUCGGAUUUAGUAUGGCGGCUCUAAGCGAUGUUAACCAAGACGGAUACAACGACUUAGCGGUCAGCGCUCCUUACGGUGGAAAGACUGGUGAAGGGAUAGUGUACAUCUACCACAGCCAAGGCCGGCUAGGUCUAUCUACUACGUUUGCACAAAGCCUCGAACCUUCUGAUUUCGGACUAAGCCUCAACACAUUUGGAUCAUCGCUAUCAGCUGGAAUGGACAUGGAUAAUAAUAUGUACCCAGACUUGGUCGUAGGGGCUUACAAGUCAUCGACAGUAGUACUUGUGAGAUCUAGACCAGUUGUUCACGUGACGGGAUCGUUGGUCUCGAAAACAGAAUCUAUUGAUCUCAAAAAUACCAAUCACAACACGGCCAGUGGGACAGCUGUCUCUAGUUUUGAUUUCGAAGUCUGCAUCAGGUAUUCCGGAACGAACGUGCCCCCGAAUCUCGACUUCGAUUACUCUUUGUCCCUUGACUACAAUCGACAGUCAACGCGACGGGCGAACUUUGACCUGGGAGGAAAUGACGCUUCCAGCGUGAGCCUUACGGUCACCUUAACUAGUAACGUGGAAUACUGCAACCCUUUCACUGCAUACGCCAAGCCUACGAUUGUGGACAAAUUGUCCCCUAUCCCUGUAUCUCUUAGCUUCGGGCUACCUGACAGUAGCCCUGCUCCGGGUGAGAUACUGCCCAUUCUGGACGAAUCGAGUGACAACUUUCGAGCUCUUUCAGUACCGAUUGAACGAAACUGUAUGAACGAAACUUGUGUUCCUGACUUACGCGUGCGGGCAUCUACGGAAACGGCGAGUUUGUUAGUGGGAUCCUCGGAGUCGAUAACGAUUGAGGUCACAAUUGAUAACAAUGGUGAGGAUGCAUACCUCUCCACGCUGACUGUAGAGGUACCACAGGAGUUACAAUAUGCGGGAUUUACUCGCGUACAAACGGACCAAAUUGUGACCUGUAAUAGCAUGGUCCAGUCAUCAGAGAUAAGUUGUGAUGUAGGAAAUCCAUUCACAGCAGGAACUACGGUCAUUCUGAAGAUGCAGUUCAGCAGUACUAAUCUACCAGGAAAUGGAGACAAUGUACACUUUACCUUCGGGGUUAGCAGUGUGGAAUCUGAGCAAAUGAUAGCUGAUAAUGAGUUCAACAUAACCGUACCACUUGCUAUUGCAGCAGACCUAUCCUUCCACGGGAACGUGAUUCCAGAGACAGUCAUAUAUUCUGAGGAGAAUUAUCUGCUGACCAGGGCUAUCAAGCUGGAGAAGGAUGUGGGACCCGACAUUACUCAUGUGUUUUCACUCUACAACAAUGGUCCAAGCUCAGUAGCCCGAACAGAGAUCACCAUCCCUUGGCCUAUGCGGUACAACGGUGUGCAGAGGAACUAUCUCCUCUAUCUCCUCGGUGCGACGAUGGACACCGGUGAGGAAUGCACUAUAGAUGGCCCGUGGAACCCCGAAGAACUUGGCUCGGUUGACAAUAGCACGGGAACACCAGAAAGCAAACGUCGACGCCGACAAGCUGCCACAACCGACUCUCCAGCGGUCGGAACCACGGAUAUUCCGAUGUCGACCACCGAAUCGCCCGUGAAGGUACGGGACAUCAAAUGCAGCGGACCACAGAGUCAGUUCUGCUACAUGAUAACGUGUGUCGUGGACUCGCUGGGCGCAGGCAGCAACGCGGCCAGGGAUAACGUCAUCGUGACGGUGCGAUCACGGGUGUGGACCAAUACAUUGACUGUGAAUCUUCUGGAGUUGACGGUCUUUGUCCAAGCUCAUGCUCAAGUACUAGAGGUACCGUAUACAACGACGUUUACUGAUCCGAUUGAAAUAUCAUCGAACGAGGUUUCAACGAAAAUCGUACCGCAGUUUCUAAUAGAAGCAGUCGAGCCUGAGAAAGUGGCACUCUGGGUUUAUCUUGUCUCGAUACUUUGCGGUUGCCUCAUCCUUGUACUACUCAUCAUAGUCUUAUGGAGGGUUGGAUUCUUCAAGAGGAAAAAGAAGCUCACAGCCGACCAACGGAAGAUGCUAGAGGGCAGUAAUGGCGUCGAAAACGAAGGACUCGAAGGAGUUGACAAAACUGAAGAAUAAUAUAAAAGUACUCGCGUAAAGAUAACACAAACUGUCUUCCAACAUCUCCACUGGACUCUUCCACCCAUUUACAUUAGGUCUGGUCACAUGUCACACACAUUAAAUCUAUAUUCCCAGUCACACCGAAUAUUUUGUUGGACCUUCGAGCCAAUUUGUGUUUGUUUGGUCUAUUGUCUGAUUGGUGUCAGUCUCUUCGUUGUGACUGAGGUAGAAAGAAAAAACUUUCCGGUUUUCCAGGUUGACUUGUCACUUUGCAAAGUUUCGUGAGGCCACCUCUCCAAGAGUUCAAUGAGUCGGUUUUCCGCGAUUUUUUGUCUAAUGGAUCUCCUGAAUUACUGUAGAGAAGAUUCGCAGGACCGAAGAUGCACGAGCCGAAAGUUUACGAAAACGGAGAGUCACGAGCCAAAAUGAUGACGCAAUUGGUAGGGUUCACAAGACCAACUGCCCCUAAGCCGUAGAUACAUGAUACCUAAAGACCUACUAACAGAAGAUUCUCAAGACUGAAGAUCUACGUGCCGAAGGUUUCACGAGACUGAAAGCCCAUAUGCCGAACGUCCACCCGUUCAGGAGACCGAAGAAUCACGAGUCGAAGGUUCACGACACUGAAAACCCACAAGCCGAAGGUUCCCGACACUGAAAACCCACAAGCCGAAGGUUCCCGACACUGAAAACCCACAAGCCGAAGGUUCCCGACACUGAAAACCCACAAGCCAAAGGUUCCCGACUUUGAAAACCCACAAGCCGAAGGUUCCCGACACUGAAAACCCACGAGCUGAAAUUUUACGAGACUGAAGACCCACAAGCCGAAUGUUUGCGAGACCUAAUAUUCAUCCAAGCCGAAAUUCUUCUUGAUACCGAAUACCCCCGAUCCGAAGGUGUUGAGACCGAAAACCCACGAACCCGAAGAUCUGCAAUGAUAAGAUCAAGAAUACUUAACAUUUUGCUCUGGUAAAUCUUUAGUCUAAAAAACACGGUCACCUAGAUUUCUCCCACUAAAGGUCUACUACAUAUUCCCUAAGAUUUGUUUAUAAAUUUAAUAAACUUCCCAUUAUUUGUCUUUGUUGUUGCUGCAAAAGUGUUAAAAUAAAUCUCGUUCUUUUUUUUCUCUCUUUCAUAUAGUGCGUUUUAGGUGUCUGUUAAUAUCCUUCUUAUGAUCAGCACAAACUAACAAAUUAAUGGGCCCACUUCGCAGUUAAAAACAUUUUUUGAUACAAUGGAGAACAGAAAAGAGAAAAAUACAUUAUUACACUGUCAGCGUUUCUCUUGCACGGAAUUAUUACAAAAUAAGACAAGGUAUACAAUUUUUUUUUUUUUUAAGUUUCAUUGAGUUUGUAAUAAUUAUCACCAAUAGGAGAUAUUUCUGUAUAUUAUGCAAAUUUUCGUUAUUAGGGGGUCUCCCUGUACUGUUACGUCAUAAGCAUGAUUAACGUGUGUUGUAUAGUAGCUUUAAAUAUUGAUAUGUGCAAUCUGCUUGCGACGAUAACAUUUUCCCCCCUAAUAUAUACAUGUUUGUAAUCACGUAACAACGUCAUUAGUAUUAAACUCGUUCCUUUCAUGCCUUUAUAAAAGUAUGAAGACACAUAAAAAAUGUCCUGAACUUUAUUAGAUCUGAGAGAAUAUUUUGAAUUAAGGGCGGUCCCUCGAUUUUGAUUUUAAUAUUCUAUUUUUCUAGAUUAGUCCUUGUAAUAUACUGUAGUUUUUUCAUUCUUUAUAUAUGUUAUGAUGUUUAUAUUUCAUAUUUUAUGAUCGUAAAUGAACACCAAACCAAACCAAAAUCUUAUUCCUAAGUGUUGUACUUGGAUAUGAAUGGUUUCUUGUUGAAGGUUAGUCUUCAACUUAAAAGUUGUACUUU